AUGGGUGAACUCAACCGAAUGUGCUUCCUUCCCACGUACGAGCGCAAAGUAUCCAAAGCGCUAGUCGACAAUGAGAACCGCUUCUUGGGUGGCCUCGAGCUUAUCUAUGGCUCGUGGUCCUAUGAUAACCCAAAGUUUGGGUGGACAAUCGAGGGCGACCAAUAUGUGGUCAAGGUCAUGGCUGACGAGCCCAAAGACCUGGAGGCCAAGUUGAAGGAGAUUGGUCGUAUCAAGCAAGAACCAUAG